UAUUUCUUUUAUACUUUAUGGGUAUGAGAGGUACUGCUCUCAUACCCAUUCCAGUGUUAGCUUUGGCUGUUUUCUAGUGAAGGGACUGGCACUGGGGUGUCUAUUGAUUGUUGCUUGUAGGAUUGUGUUGGGAGAUGUGUCAAGAUGAGAUGAGGUGUAUCUUAACAUGGUGCUGACAUAAUGGGUAUCUGGCUAUGCUGUGAACUGAAGGAAUUGCUUAACUUUUUACAGGCCAGCACAGAUGCAGGAACAGCAGGAGCCCUAACUCCUCAGCAUGUCCGUGCUCACUCUUCUCCAGCCUCACUGCUGGGAACAGUUUCUCCAGGAGCACUCACCCCUUCCAGUGUAGUUCCUGGAGGUGCACCAUCUCAACACCUUCGUCAACCAUCUUUUGAAAUACCUGAUGAUGUCCCUUUACCACCUGGUUGGGAAAUGGCAAAGACACCUUCUGGUCAGAGAUAUUUUCUGAACAACACUGAGGAUAUGUUAUAGAGAAAGCAAGAGAGUGCCAAGAUCUUACAGUGAACUUCAUGGCCAAGCAGGGAUUUGAACUCAACUCUAUCCAUUGUACCACAUUAUAUCUCUGUGUACUUAUUUGAAUCACACAAGUUAAGUGCUUUGGCUUAAGAUAAAUUGUUCUAUGGCAGAAAUUUCCAAAAGAGAAAUGCAGUGAGCAUGACCUGGUAUAAAGAAAGGCCUUUGGUAACAUUAUCAGCUGGCUUAAACCAACUUAGUUGUGAACAUGGCUAGCUAUGAAGGAAUAUUUCAAAAUGAAAUUGGAAUAAUUUUGGGCUAUCUAGAAAGCUUAACAGAACAAUUAUAAACAGUGCAAUCCUAUACAUUUUGUUGUACUUAGUGAUAGCCCAUAACUCAAACAUA